AUGUUGCUUCAGCGACGUUGCCUCUCCGCCCCCCUCCAACUCCGCCGCUACGCCCAAUCCGCCGCAGCCGCCCUCGUCGACGAUUCCGACCCGGACUCCUUCCCCCGACCCGACCCGAAAUACGACGAGACCAUCCUCGCCGUCCCGCGCUUAACCUCCGGCAAAAGCAUCGCCGCGAAAGAGCGGAAGGCCGGGCGCGUCCCUAGCAUCAUCUUCGAGCAGGAGGAUGGCCAGUACGGCGGCAACAAGCGCCUCAUCUCCGUCCGCACCAACCAGAUCCGCAAGCUCGUCAAUCAGCUCGGCCGCUCCUUCUUCCUCUCCCGCCUCUACAGCCUCGAGGUCCGCUCCGACUUCGAAUGCGACGACGUCAUUGAGAGAGUCCGUGUUUUGCCGCGCUUGCUUCAAUUGCACUCGAGCACCGACGCUCCGCUUAAUGUGACCUUCAUUCGGGCCCCUUCGGAUGCUUUGUUGAAGGUCGAAAUUCCUCUUGUGUUUAUUGGAGAUGAUAUCUCUCCUGGAUUGAAGAAAGGUGCAUAUUUAAAUACAAUCAAUAGGACGGUAAAGUUCCUUUGCCCAGCAGAUGUAAUUCCUCCGUAUAUUGAAGUUGAUCUGAGUGAGUUGGAUGUUGGCCAAAAGCUAGUAAUGGGAGACCUCAAGGCUCAUCCGACUCUGAAGCUUAUUCAGUCAAAAGAUGAGCCCAUUUGUAAGAUCAUGGGUUCAAGAGUUUCCGACCAACAAAAGAAAACUAAAUAGUUGCUGCAUUUGGAUUUCGGUUGCCCAUUAGUAUGCAAGUCUACUGCCUCCAGUCCUUCUGAGCUGAAAUGUUGACAUGUUUAACACCUUAUAUCUGUAAUGGCUGUAGAGGACUAUGGGAUGGAAUCUCAUGACUGUCUUCACCUCCUUUUUUUACAUUUCUGGGUUUGCUUCUCUUUCUGGCUAGGGAAUACAGGGUAUGGUGGUCAGGGAUGUCAUUAAAUAGACCAAAAUUCCGUGGUAAUAAGCAUGGUAGUGUACAACUGGUUAUGAAUAGACAGUAUUCAGUUUCAGUAGCUCAGUUUCUGUGUUCUUUGUUUCGUUCGGAUGCUCCAUGCUGGAGCAUCCAAGAAAUUCCGAUAUUCAUUGAGGGCUUGGUCACUUUGGUGUAUAUCUAUCUUUACCCAAUCAAAGUUGUUUUUU